ACAGCGCGUGGGGGCGGGGCGUGGACAUCGCCCUGGCACCCCAGAGCCUUGGAAGCCAUCCAGACCUGCCCCUCUCCCUGAGGUACUGUGUAGGCUGGUAACAUCACCUCUCUGGGCCUCAGUUUACCCUGCUUUAUAGUGGUGCUUCAAUCUAUACUAGGACCAUGAUGGGAAAAUUCCAUUUUCAGCUAUGUCCACUAGGUCUUCCAUCUGACAGGUGGCCAAGGUGAGGCCAGAACUUGGACUAUUGCCCAAGGACUUCCCCAAGACUGGUGUUGGAUUCCCAGGCCACUCAGGGCCCUCCUUGCUGAAUCAGCCUGGACUUCUGGGCUGUAUUCUCAGGGACCUGGGAAGAAAGCUACUUCCUGUGAACAUACCCCCGCCCCCAACCAGGCCUGAGAGACCAUCAUUGGAGACCUGUGCAUUGAGCUGAAGCAGAGAAUGCUGUAGGGAGGAAGGAACACCCUGACAGAGCACCAGUUCUAUCUAAAGUGCUUGCUCCCUUCCCUCCAUAACUCUAGGAGGGAGGGACCUUACCUGACCACAUUUGCCAGCUGCAGAAACCCCUCGGUUGAGGAUUUGAGCCACCCUCAAUGGCUGAGAAGGCCUCGGGGUCUUUCUCCUAUACAAGAGGACAUGGGUAAAGGUUCAGGGAGGGACAACAGAUGUGAGGGUCAAUGAUGUCUGGAAUUAGAUGGCCCUUCAGUCAUAUAUACUUUAGUAUGAACAAGCUGCUCAGACUUUCCACAGACUUUAAGAGGGAGAAGAGGUAACAAUAUGGAGCCCACACUAGGUUCUGGGCAACAGGGAGGUACCUUCCCUCAUUCAGUCAAUAAGCACUUAUUAGGGCCAGGCACGGUGGCUCAGUCUUGUAAUCCUGGCACUCUGGGAUGCCAAGGCAAGAGGAUCCCUUGAAUUCAGGAGUUUGAGACCAGCCUGAGCAAGAGUAAGACCCCAUCUCUACUAAAAAUAGAACAAUUAACUGGGCAUUGUGGCAGGUGCCCAUAGUCCCUGCUACUUAGGAGACUGAGGCAGGAUCACUUGAACCCAGGAGUUUGAGGUUGCUGUGAGUUAGGCUGACACCAUGGCACUCUAGCCCAGAUGACAGUGGGAUUCUGUCUCAAAAAAAAAAAAAAGUAGUUAUUACCCACCUGGUGUUUGCUAGGUGUAGUGCUAAGGGCAUUGCCAUGAACAAGACAUAGUUUCUUCCUCUGGGGCUUCUCAGCUAGCUUGGGGAGGUGGGUGAUGCAAAAGGGAAUGAAUAAACAAGAUAUUUUCAGACAGGGACCUCUUGAGGAGGUGAUGUUUAAGCUGAGGCAUGGACAGAGCAAAGGGAAGAUUGGCACCAGGCAGUGAGAACUGCAUGUGCAAAGGUCCUGAGGCAGGAUGGAGAUUUUUAAAGCUUCUGUGGCUGCCUUAGUGGAAGAAAGGUUUUCUAGGGACAGGAAUGGAGGUUGCAGAGACAGGGCAGCAUCUAUGCAGGAGAUGAUAGGGCCUGGACCAGAUCGGGGCACCCAAUGAGGGGCAGAGACCACUGUCACCUCCAUGUAGUAGAGGCAAAAACUGAGGCAUAAUACCUGAGAAAUAUGUUACUAGGGACACCCUGGAAAGGAGUGAGACCAGAUCUGACUCUGAGUCCUUACCCUCAGCCACAGGUGAGGACAAAAUGAGAUGAGGAGAAGGACCCUGGUGUUGGGGAUGGCUGAGCUGAUUCCCCUCUCUCCCAAGAAAGGGAGGCAGUUUGGGGGCUGGAACAGAGGCCACCAGGAUGCUUUGCUUACCGCUAGAGGGCAGCAGAGUCACAUCAACUUGGGCCAAGAAAGGAAAUGUGUCACUGCCUCUCUAGCUCCUUGCACCUUGGGGACAGGUCCACAUUUGUCCCUUAGCCUCCAAAUCCUACAGGGUCCACCCUCUGCACCCCUACCAACCUCCCCAUUGCUUACUGUGCUCCAGCCAUAUGGCUUCCUGAGUGAUCCUUCAGAAAGCAAGCUGGGGCGGCGCCUGUGGCUCAAGGAGUAGGGCGCCGGUCCCAUAUGCCAGAGGUGGCAGGUUCAAACCUAGCCCUGGCCAAAAUAAAAAAAAAAAAAAAAAAAAAAAAAACAGAAAGCAAGCUGGUUCAGCUUCAGGGUCUUUGCACUUGUACAUCUGUCCAAACCUCCCUUCCAUCCUUUCUUCUUCUAUCAUAUCCCCAUCAAGCCUGCAGAUGGAAAGCCUCCCCAGCCACCUGCUCCUUCCACACCCCACUUACAUCCAUUAUGCCUAUUUCCAUCAUCCAGACCUUGACAGGGAUGAGAUUUUCAUGUUUUCUUUUGUGAUUAUUGGGUUUUCACCAGAGGGUUGAGUGCCCCUGGAGGACCAGACCUGGAUCUGUCCUGGUCAUGUGGUAUUCUCUUUGCAGGGCCUGGUAUACAGCAGAUGCCCACUUAGUGUAUGUGUCUUGGAUGAAUGGGCAGCAGGUGGGAGGGCUGUAGUUGUGAUAAUGGUAGUGGCGGUGAUGGUUUAGGGGUGGUAUUGAAGAAAGUUCAGAGUUGAGCCCUUGUGCACAAAGAGUCUGUUCCUACCUGGAAGAACAUUGUCAGAGGAGCAUUCCUUCUGAGGCCGUGAAUGCCAAGGUCAGGAAGAAUGUGGAUUUUCUACCUAGAGCACUGGGAGUCAUAUAGUGUGUGGGGCUGGAAGGGGGAUGGACAGUACAUGGGCAGGUAGGAAGGGCUAGGGUAGUCACACUAACAAGGUGUUGGUGGGAGUGAUCUGUAUACUUACCUGAGGCUUUGCCAUUUAUACAGUCACUAGCACAGGCAGAGAGAGGCAAAUGCCAAGAUCACAGAAUGGGUCAGGGACAGGGUUAGGAUCUGAGCCCUAGGAGAGGGAUUGCCCCAAGAGUGUGGUUUUGCUGUAAAAGCAUUGGGGAGCCAUGGAAGGUAUGUGAGCAGGGGAGGGGUGUGAUGUGGUGGGCAGUGGGCUGGAUGCCAGAGAUUAGUGGCUUAGCCAGUCAUACAUGACAGGCUCUCACCAUGGCAGCAGGCUCUCUGUUGUUGGCUAUAGCCCUACAGAGGGAGAAACUGAGGCUAGACAGGCAUAGCUGAAGCAGCUGCUGGUGCUAGGGCAGUAGGUAUACAUGACUGGGGGGGGGGGGAUUGUAGGUGUACCUGUGGCUGGGGAUGAGGAGAAGCUCCUUUACUGAGUGUGUACACUGACGUGUUCCCACACAUAUGGGGUGGGGGUAGCUUAACAUUUGGUGGCAGCAUAUGGAGUCCAUGGCUCCAUCCUCACUUGGGUCCUCAUCUUGGGAGAAUCUGUCCCCUACACGGGGCUCAGGACAAACACCUGGGGGUCAUAGGUCUCAACCCACUUACUUUCUUCCAUGGCACUACCAUAAAUCAAUCUUCAAUGUUCCCCUCCCAAACACUGUCCUAGCCUCCCGCCAUGUUCCUUUCUGCCCCCUAACAAUCCCUGCUCCCCAUAACUGACAUAGGGGUAGUUUACAAACAUAGUUCAUAUCUCACACACACACUCAGACACCCUCAUGAUUCCCCAUUUCUCCUACAGCAAAACCACAUUCCUUCCUGCAGCUCUGCUGGCAUCUUCCUCUCUGUCCUGCAUCAGAGGACUGUGCUUUUUGCCUGGAACACUUUCUCCAAGGCAAACUCCUCUCCCUUCUCAAUGCUCAGCUGGCUGGCUGGCAGGCUGGCUGUGAGGCCUUCUGGCUAAAACUAGGCUUUCCCAGUGUUAUCUCCUUUGCUUUUCUUUCUCAACUUUGGUAUUUGAAAUUAUCUUAUUCAUUUAAUUGUUUCCUGUUUAUGCCAUGCCUUCCCCCACCAAACUGGAGGCCCCUGAGGGCAGGGAUUAUGUGUGGCCUGGUUCCUACUGUAUCCCCAGGGUUCAGGACAGGGGGAGGCACACAGUAGGUGCUCAAUAAAUGUUUGUUGAGGGAAUAAAUUUCCAGAUGUGAGUGUUUGAAUCUGAGGUCUGGGGAGCUUUCCUAGGGAGACACCCAGCAGGAAGGGGGUACCUGAGGGUAGCACUGGGCAUAGAGGGGACAUGGUGAGAAGUCUACGAGGGACUUGUGAAGAGGGAUAGGCAGGGUUAGGGCUACGUACUGGGUGGCAGCAACUUCUCUGUGCCUCAGUUUUCUGGAUUGUCUCCUUUUCUCAGAUAUGGGAUCUGGGCUCCAGCAUCAGAUUCAUCAGGCCAGGUCCCAGUGAGUCCUGUGGCCCUCAGUCUGAUGCUGCUUCUGACUUCCCUGGGCUGUCAUGAGAAGAGGAAGCAUUAAUUCAGUACCUACUGUAUAAGACACUUUUUCCAUAGUGGCUUCCAUAGUGAACAUGUACUGUACCCCUAGCCCUGUACCUGGCACCUUCUUGGGUCCUCCAGCCAUGUUCCUUUCAUGUUUUCACCAUGGGGUGGGGGUGUUAUAGAUGUGAAAAAAGAGGCCUGGAAGUCAGCCUGAUACUAACAUUUAUGGAAUAUUUUCCAGGUCCUCAUAUUUCCUCCCAUUUUACAGUUGAGAAGACUGAGGCUAGAGAAAUUCAAUCAAGUGUCUGAUUCCUGCCUGUAGCUGAGCUGAUAAUGGCUUUUCCCAUCACAUGUGGCAGAGCACAUCAGAUGCCCUGACUCAAUUUGAGUCAGGGUCAAUUUGUGUCUACACCGUCUGUUGCACAGUCCAGUGCUGGAGAUGUCGGGACCCCAAGGAGCUCCAAGCCUGGAGAAGACAGGGCCUGACAGAUGAGAGGUCUUUCCAAAAUUCAGAUGCUGAAUUUUGCCAGGCUGGAUUGCCAGGGUGGGUGUAGUAGCAUGAGCCAGGUCAGGACACUAGAUAGUUCUUGAGUGCGGUGUCACACUCAGAAGGAGCUAGCGCCCCCGAAGAGAUGUAAAGGAGGUAGUGAUUAGAUGCAUAUUUUUGUCGGAAAAGAGCAAAAAUCCCUGGCCAGAGGUUAAGUUACCUCCAACGCCAGGUCCUCACCACCCGGGAUCGUAGCAACGCCCCGCCCCCGCCGCCCGCGGCCUUAGCAACGCCCCGCCCUCUGCCCGUGGCUAUGGCAACGCCCCGCCUACUCGCCCGCCAGCGGGCCCGCCGGCCUUGCUUCCGCGUCGUUCGCUCCGCCCUGACAGGCCCCACCCCCGCACUCGCCCUAGCGGGGUUCGGGGGCGCGCGCUUAUUCCUAGCUUGCCCCAUCCCCCGCGCAGCCCCGUGGCGCCCCCUCCCUCUGCCUGGCUUCGCGGGGCUCCCGGGGCCGUUCCCGCCGCCGUUGAGGUUCGCGCCCCGCCGCCGCCGGCUGCGCCCCCGCGCUUUCCGGGCUUCAGGCGGCGGCGGCGGCACAAAGGGAAGCAGCAUGUCCGAUCCAAGCUACUGGACGGCAGUGGCGGCUCCUGGUCAUCGGAGCCGCCUGGCCAAAGGCGCGCUGCUGCAGCGCUCCAAGAGCUGCCGCAGUGGGAACCGCAAGAGCUUGGUGGUAGGAACGCCCUCACCUACCCUCUCCCGGCCCCUGUCACCACUGUCUGUCCCGACAGCAGGCAGCAGCCCCCUAGAUAGUCCUCGGAACUUCUCAGCAGCAUCUGCUAUCAACUUCCCCUUUGCCCGGAGGGCAGAUGGCAGAAGAUGGUCUCUCGCGUCUCUCCCAUCUUCCGGCUAUGGCACCAACACACCCAGCUCCACUCUCUCGUCGAGCUCAUCCUCCCGGGAGCGCCUCCACCAGCUUCCCUUCCAACCAACACCAGACGAGCUGCACUUCCUGUCCAAGCACUUCCGCAGCUCAGAGAGUGUGGCUGAUGAAGAAGGGGGCCACUCACCUCGCCUUCGGCCCCGUUCCCGCAGCCUCAGCCCAGGACGUGCAACAGGGACCUUUGACAAUGAGAUUGUCAUGAUGAAUCACGUUUACCGGGAGAGGUUCCCCAAGGCCACGGCACAGAUGGAGGGUCGUCUGCAGGAGUUCCUAGAGGCCUACACGCCUGGUGCCCGGCUGGCACUGGCUGAUGGCGUCCUGGGCUUCAUUCACCACCAGAUCAUCGAGCUGGCCCGAGACUGCCUGGCCAAGUCAGGCGAGGCCCUUGUCACCUCCCGCUACUUCCUGGAGAUGCAGGAGAAGCUGGAGCGGCUUCUGCAGGAUGCCCACGAGCGCUCAGACAGUGAAGAGGUCAGCUUCAUCGUCCAGCUUGUCCGGAAAUUGCUGAUCAUCAUCUCUCGGCCAGCACGGCUCCUUGAAUGUUUGGAGUUUGACCCUGAGGAGUUUUACCACCUGCUGGAGGCAGCUGAGGGUCAGGCCCGGGAGGGCCAGGGCAUCAAGACGGACCUGCCACAGUACAUCAUCGGGCAGCUGGGCCUGACCAAGGACCCCCUGGAGGAGAUGGUGCCACUGAGUCACCUUGAUGAUGAAGGACAGCCCCCAGCCCCUGAGUCCCCAGAGAGUCGUGCCCUGGUCAGCCAGUCACGGAAGAAGCCAUGUGAGAGCGACUUCGAAACCAUCAAACUCAUUAGCAACGGGGCCUAUGGGGCUGUGUACCUGGUGCGACAUCGUGACACACGGCAGCGCUUUGCCAUCAAGAAGAUCAACAAACAGAACUUGAUCCUGCGCAACCAGAUCCAGCAAGUCUUUGUGGAGCGUGACAUCCUCACCUUUGCCGAGAACCCCUUUGUGGUCAGCAUGUUCUGCUCCUUCGAGACUCGCCGCCACCUGUGUAUGGUCAUGGAGUAUGUGGAAGGCGGCGACUGUGCCACACUCUUAAAGAACAUGGGGCCGCUGCCUGUGGACAUGGCUCGUAUGUACUUCGCAGAGACAGUGUUGGCACUCGAGUACCUGCACAACUACGGCAUCGUGCACCGUGACCUCAAGCCGGACAACCUGCUCAUCACCUCACUCGGCCACAUCAAACUGACCGACUUUGGCCUAUCCAAGAUUGGGCUUAUGAGCAUGGCCACCAACCUCUACGAGGGCCACAUCGAAAAGGACGCCCGGGAGUUUGUGGACAAGCAGGUGUGCGGGACUCCUGAGUACAUCGCCCCAGAGGUGAUCUUCCGCCAGGGCUAUGGGAAGCCAGUAGACUGGUGGGCCAUGGGGAUCAUCCUCUAUGAGUUCCUGGUGGGCUGUGUGCCUUUCUUCGGAGACACCCCUGAGGAGCUCUUUGGGCAGGUGGUCAGUGAUGAGAUCAUGUGGCCAGAUGGAGAUGAAACCCUUCCAGCUGAUGCCCAGGACCUCAUCACCAGGCUGCUCCGGCAGAGCCCACUGGAUCGACUUGGGACUGGUGGUACCCACGAAGUGAAGCAGCACCCCUUCUUCCUGGCCCUGGACUGGGCAGGGCUUCUGCGACACAAAGCAGAGUUUGUACCCCAGCUUGAAGCUGAGGAUGACACAAGCUACUUUGACACACGUUCAGAACGUUACCGCCACCUGGGCUCUGAGGAUGAUGAGACCAAUGAUGAGGAGUCGUCCACUGAGAUCCCCCAAUUCUCAUCCUGCUCCCAUCGAUUCAGCAAGGUCUACAGCAGCUCUGAGUUCCUGGCUGUCCAGCCCACUCCUACUUUCACUGAAAGGAGCUUCAGUGAGGACCGGGAGGAAGGAUGGGAACGCAGCAGUGAGGUGGACUAUGGCCGCAGGCUGAGUGCUGACAUCCGGUUGAGGUCCUGGACAUCCUCUGGUUCCUCCUGUCACUCAUCUCUGUCUCAGUCUGAACGAGGGCCCAGCCCAUCUCUUCUGAACACCAUCAGCCUAGACACAAUGCCCAAGUUUGCCUUCUCAUCAGAGGAUGAGGCGGUGGGCCCCAAGAGGCCUGUCUUUGUUCUGGGGGAGCCUGAGUUACCCCCAGCGACCACCCCAGUGAUGCCCAAGCCCUUGAACCUUUCUGCUGACGCAGCUGCCCUCAGCCACGCCCGCCUCCGAAGUAACAGCACUGGUGCCCGACACUCCACUCCUCGGCCCCUGGAUGUUGGCCGGGGCCGCCGCCUUGGAGGCUCAAGAGACUCAGCCCCUGAGAAGUCCAGGGCCUCCUCUGGUGGUGGUGGUGGCAGCAGCAGCAGUGGGGGCCGCGUGCCCAAGUCGGCCUCCGUCUCUGCCCUAUCCCUAAUCAUCACAGCAGAUGAUGGCACUGGUGGCCCCCUCAUGAGCCCCCUGUCCCCACGCUCACUGUCCUCGAACCCAUCAUCCCGCGACUCCUCACCAAGCCGAGACCCGUCCCCUGUGUGCAGCAGCCUGCGGCCCCCCAUUGUCAUCCACAGCUCAGGCAAGAAGUACGGCUUCAGCCUACGGGCCAUCCGUGUCUACAUGGGUGAUAGCGACGUCUACACUGUGCACCACGUCGUCUGGAGCGUGGAGGAAGGAAGCCCUGCCCAGGAGGCAGGCCUUCGAGCUGGGGACCUGAUCACCCACAUCAACGGGGAGUCUGUGCUGGGGCUGGUACACAUGGAUGUCGUUGAGCUGCUGCUGAAGAGUGGCAACAAGAUAUCCCUGCGGACCACAGCCUUGGAGAACACAUCCAUCAAGGUGGGCCCUGCCCGGAAGAAUGUGGCCAAGGGCCGCAUGGCACGCAGAAGCAAGCGGAGCCGCCGGCGGGAGACCCAGGACCACCGGCGGAAGUCACUCUUUAAGAAGAUCUCCAAGCAGUCCUCUGUCCUGCACACCAGCCGCAGCUUUUCCUCUGGACUCCACCACUCACUGUCAUCCAGCGAGAGCCUCCCGGGUUCACCCACCCACAGCCUCUCCCCCAGCCCUACCACACCCUGCCGCAGCCCAGCCCCUGAUGCCCCAGCAGAAACCACAUCCCCACCCAGUGCAUCCCCAAGCUCCAGCAGCCCUGCCUCUCCAGCUGCCACUGGCCACACCCGCCCCAGCUCCUUACAUGGCCUAGCUGCCAAACUUGGGCCACCCCGCACCAAGACUGGCCGCCGCAAGUCCACCAGCAGCAUCCCGCCCUCCCCAUUGGCAUGUCCACCUGUGUCUGCACCCGCUCCCCGCUCACCCUCACCCCUGCCUGGACACCCACCUGCACCCACCCGCUCCCCUCGGCUGCGCCGGGGCCAGUCAGCUGACAAGCUGGGCACAGGUGAACGGCUAGAUGGGGAGUCAGGGCGCCGCAGCCGUGGGCCAGACUCCGAGCUGGUUGUCAUGCGUCGGCUGCACCUGUCUGAGCGCCGAGAUUCUUUCAAGAAGCAGGAGGCUGUGCAAGAGGUGAGCUUCGAUGAGCCACUCGAAGAGGCCACUGGGCCACCUGCCUUGGUGCCACAAAUUGCUGUGGAGGGUGCUGAAGCUGUGUCAGGAGCUCUUGGACCCACUGGAAAAGACUGAUUCCUCCCCACUUGUCACUCCCUGGCCUCAAAGUUGUGUGUUUUUUGUGCAGUGUUUUUUCUGAAAAGUCAUACCUGGAUGGAGACUGAGUCACCAGCCUAAGACACCUGGAAGGCAAGAAGCCUUUCUCAGUCCUUGCUGUAAUGUGGAAACAGCACUUCCUUCAUGUUCUGGUGUCAAUGGUGGGGCAGGGGGGAAGGAGCAGGAAUGGGGGGAUGAGCGUAGCAUUGUAAAUAGCAGCAAAUCUCUGGAACUAAUUUAUUACUUUUUAUAGGCAAUAGACAGACCGAGCUGCCCCUGUGAAGGCAGCUUGCCCCAGGCACCUGGGACUUUGUCUGCAGACCCUGCUCUCUGGGCUGAUAAGGAAGCACUUUGGACAAGUCGUGUGCAUUUGUGUUCUCUAGUUUUUCUGUACUUGUUACGCUUUUUUUGUUACCUGAUCCAAGACCCACUAAUUGUGGGAAUGAAGCUGAACUCACCUGUG